AUUCAUCUUGCAAGUGAGACAAAUCUUUCGGCUAUCGCAUUCAUCAACAUCGUCUACUUGAAUAACCAAUCGUAUGGAUACAAUCAUGUCGCGACGCGAAGAAGAAGCCAAAGUAAAGUCUUGGGGAUUCCCCCACGUAUUUACCUGGACGGAUGGACCAAAUGCACACUACACCCCACAUACCCACAACGGCCUCACCACCCAUCUCAUCCUCGAUGGCGAGCUCACCAUCACUUAUCCCGAGGAUGAGAAUCCCACCAAAGAGACUUUUGGCGUGGGCAGUCGGAUCGAUGUCGACGCUGGUCGAUUGCAUGAAGUCUGGGUCGGCAAGGCUGGCUGCACCUACGUUAUUGGAGAAAAGUGACGGGAAGUUGCAUUCAGAGCAAGCCCCGUCGGAAUUGCCCAGUUGAUCUUUGUCUGUUGCUUUUUGGUCAAAACUAAUUUCAAAUGGUUGAACACAAUCCACGCUUCCUCCAUGUCUCGCAUGCUUCCCCAAUCCCAUGCAUCAUCUCUUUGUUGAUUGUGGCUUAAGGAUUAAUACCACUGGUAGAA